AUGUACUUUGGCGCUGUCACUUCCUUAUCACCCGACGAAUGCCUCGCCCGCCUUGGCGAAGAUAGAGCUGUCCUUGUCGAACGUUAUAAACACAACACUGAGCGAGCUCUAAAUAAAGCAGAUUACCUCAACAGCGACGACUUGAAGUCCCUACAGUCCCUGACUCUCUACAUCGCCAUCCUUCGCUCCCACGACGCAAGCCGGCGCUCCUGGGCGCUCCUGGCCCUGGCCAUACGACUUGCCAGAGCCUUCUCCCUUCAUCGUGAGAGGCCUAUCGAUACUGCCCUCACCCCUUUUGAGACUGAGCUCCGCCGCCGUUUGUGGUGGGCCCUCAUCAUCCUCGAUAUUCGUGCUGCUGAAGAUCGCGGCUCUGAUGCCUCAAUCCCUCAGGGCUCCUACGACACUCAACCACCAACCAACAUCGACGAUGCCGACUUUGGGCCAGAGUCGUGCGAGCAGCCAGCCUCGAAGGCAGGACCCUCCGAUGUCUCCUUCUUCUUGGGAAUGGCUAUGGGCUCUGGCUUUUUUGGGGCCGUUAAGCAUCCGCCGCUUCUCAGCCUCAGCGUGGAGAGUGCGGGCCCGAUUCCCUUUUUAGCGGCCUUACCCCCCGGCCCCACCCCGCUAAGCGAGGACUCCAUUCUCAGUCAAGCCAGGCAUCUCGAAUCCCUCUUCGUCCCCCCUUUCGAAUCUCCUUCGCCUUCUGUGCCACCACUCCCCUCCGCGGUCAAUACUAACAGCUGCUCCACCGCAAAUCCGGCAACUACUACAGCCCAAGUGUACGCCAUAGCUCGCCUCACACCAACAGUAGUCCGCAUCAUUGUCCUCAAGGUCUGGCUCUCUCUGCAAUACCCGUUCCAGCGUCCCCCGCCUUCAGGCCCCUGUCUCCAAGUUCCCCGGAUCUCCCGCCCCACAAUUCUUCUCACUGCCAUCUCCAUCCUCGAGCUUACAGCCCUUUUAAAGCGCGACCCUUCGAGCCCCCAUUUCCGCUGGUGGUUCGAUGGAUAUGUACAGUGGCACCCGUUGGCCGUGGCUCUCGCGGAGUUAUGCGUGGAGGUAGACGGCGAUCUCGUCGAGCGCGCGUGGCGAGUUGUCAACGCCGAGCUACCGCCUAUGGGAGCUACUAUUGCUGAUGCGAAGAAAGGGCCGCUCUGGAGACCUGUGCGGAAGUUGCUACGGAAGGCGAGAACUGCAAGGGCAGAGGCACUGAGAACGAAGAGUGGACGGAGUGGUCAGGAGCCGGAGCCGGAGCCUGGGCUCGAACAACAUGCAGAACCUCCACAGCCCACCCAGAGUAUACCAAUGUCUCAAGCGCAGCUAAUUCAUGCCGAGGUCGGAACGGACGAUCAGAUGCCAUCCGGGAAUGGGCCAUGGACUUGGGAAAGUUUGGGCGGACUGUUAAACUACGUGGACCUCUCAACUCUUGAUGCAGAUUUUGCAGCGGCGUGGACGACGAAUAAUGGAAUUUGGGACGACAUUAUGGGCGACUAA